GGGCAAGCACGGCAAGCACGACGUGAAGGCGCUGGGUGCCAUGUGGAAGCAGCACAAGGCACAGCUGUCUCAGGCUUUAAAUGGUGUUUCAGAUAAAGCAAAGGAAGCUAAAGAAUUUUUGGUUCAGCUGAAAAAUUUAUUGCAGCAGAUCCAGGAGAAUGGGUUGGAUUAUGAAGCCUGUCUUGUCGCUCAGUGUGAUGCCUUGGUUGAUGCGUUAACGCGACAAAAGGCAAAACUGCUCACAAAGGUGACCAAAGAACGUGAGCACAAGCUGAAGGUUGUUUGGGACCAGAUAAAUCACUGUACACUGAAGCUACGCCAGUCCACGGGGCUUAUGGAGUACUGCUUAGAAGUUAUCAAAGAAAAUGAUCCCUCUGGGUUUUUACAGAUUUCGGAUGCUUUAAUCAAGCGUGUUCAGGUGUCUCAGGAACAGUGGGUGAAAGGAGCCUUGGAGCCAAAAGUGUCUGCAGAGUUUGACUUGACUCUGGAUAGCGAACCUUUACUGCAGUCGAUUCACCAGCUGGAUUUUAUUCAGAUGAAAUUUCCUGUUACAGUGCCACCCGUCCCAUUACUGCAGCUGGAGAAGUGUUGCACCAGAAACAACAGUGUGACAUUGGCCUGGAGGAUGCCACCUUUGAGCCACAACCCAGUGGAGGGUUAUAUCUUGGAACUUGAUGAUGGAGAUGGUGGCCAAUUCCGAGAAGUAUAUGUUGGCAAGGAGACUCUCUGCACCAUCGAUGGCCUUCACUUCAACAGUACCUAUAAUGCAAGAGUCAAAGCUUUCAAUUCAUCAGGAGUUGGUCCUUACAGCAAGACAGUCAUUUUACAGACGUCGGAUGUGGCGUGGUUCACCUUCGACCCCUCCUCAGCUCACAGAGACAUAGUGCUGUCGAAUGACAACCAGACGGCCACCUGCAACAGCUAUGAUGACCGGGUUGUGCUUGGCACAGCAGCCUUCUCCAAGGGCGUGCAUUACUGGGAACUGCACGUGGACCGGUAUGACAACCAUCCGGAUCCAGCCUUUGGCAUUGCCAGGAUUAACGUCGUGAAGGACAUGAUGCUGGGCAAGGACGACAAGGCGUGGGCCAUGUACGUUGACAACAACCGCAGCUGGUUCAUGCACUGCAAUUCUCACACCAAUCGGACUGAAGGAGGAGUUUCUAAAGGUGCCACCGUUGGGGUUCUCCUGGAUCUGAACAAGCACAACUUGACGUUUUACAUAAAUGGGCAGCAGCAAGGGCCUCCAGCCUUUGAAAACAUCGAGGGUGUCUUCAUGCCUGCAUUGAGCCUCAAUCGAAACGUCCAGGUGACUUUGCAGACAGGACUGGAGGUGCCACAAUGUGUAAAACAGCCCAAGUUGCCCAACAACUGAUGGACCCUGUGCUGGAUUCUCCACAGGACAAACAGCCCAGGCCUGCUGUCGGGCAGCCUGUCGGCCCCCGGGCAUCCUGCUGCAGGUCCACUUCUGCUCUCUGGCUGGAGCACAUCACCCAGGUAGUGCUGAGCAAUGGCAAGGCUUCCCUGGGGCAGAGUGGCCAGGAGCCUCCCUGGGGUCGUCCCAGCUCGCAGCCGCUGUGGGGAGGGGGAGGCAGCCCAGAAGGAAACAGUCCUGGGCUACUGCACAGACAAAAAGCCAUCUGCCAUCAAGCAUCUCAUAGCCUACCUCUCCUGCAGAACAGCUGUGCACCUCCAGUGAUCCCAAAACUGAAAUGGGAAACAAAACCAAUCACGGGAAAAAAUAGCGUAAGUGUUUAAGUGGGAAAACAACAAUACUUUCUUCAAAGUCUGGAAUGGAUUGUAUUAGUAAACUUGUAGACAUGGGAAUAACUGUGCUACGCUCCUUUUGCUUUCUUCAAGAAUAGCAGAGACCAACUGUGUUAUAAUUUUUGGUUUCGUUUAAUACUGUAUGAAUUCAUGCAGGAUUUUCUAAUUAGUGGGUCUGGUUUAACCUACCUCAGCUAGAACGCUACCAGACCCCAAAUUUCCUCUUGAGUGUGCUCAUUGUAAAGUUGUCUUCUGCAAACCUAACAGUUGUAAUCAUAGCAUUGGCUUUGAGUAUUGCCGGUCAGAGCAGUGUAUGGGAAUACUGUACAUAAGUUGCACAUAGUUUUUUAUAUUGGGAAACAUCCCAUAGUAAUUUUAAUACAGAAGGCACUCCACUUUCACUUUUCCUAUUAAAAACAAAAGGACAUUGUUUGUUUUGGGACUGAACGUUUGUCUUUACUCCCAACUUCUGUGAAGGAAAUUCAGAUGAAUUUACAUCUUUCCAAUCUUCAACCAUUGCCAGAUGUUUACAAUUAAUGGGUUCUGAAUGGGUUUUAGAAGUGUUUGCGGUAAUUCAGUUCUGGUUUUCAUAGUUGCUUUGGUAUCGGUUCCUGGUGUGUUAUACCUUGGGGAGAAAGCAGUGAGUGAUACAGGUUACUAAUUUCUAAUGGAAAUAUGCACAGUAGGUAGCAACAAGCUUCAGAGCUGUAGAGCAGCUCGUUUGUUAUCCUCUACACAUUCUAACAUUCAUAAAAGUAGGGUACAGACUAGCUACCAUUACAGUCUCAUUUUAAUCCAGCGGAAACUCAAAUAAAAUAAAAGGAAUACAGUUAGAAGUAGGUAUUCUGCAUUAGUAAGACUAAUUUAGCCUAGGUCUAAACCUAAACAAAGUGGUUGUAUGUGUUAGUUGUGUAUGCGUUGAAGGACUUGGACUUGGCAUGGCUCAUAGCAAUAAACAAAGUUACCCCAAUAGAGUGUCUCAUGCCUUCAAGCUGGAUACAGUUUGAUAGUUUGGGUAACAGAAAUAAUGCUUAAGUAGUUAGAAUUAUGCUAGGAAACUAAUUACUCCACAUGUGACUAUUUAUGCAGAGCAUCCAGAUGGCUGUAGCCAUCUGAACACAGCAGAGCACAAUUUUCCCUUUGGAAAACAGCAUCAGGUGGGGAGAAGUAGGACACUUCCACCUCUCUGCUUGGGCUGGAAGUAGUUUUUUUCUCUGCAGGUAACUCUCCUGAGGUCUGCCUCGUUAUAAACCCAGCAGUUCACAUGUUCUUCACCUACAGCCUCUUAUGCUACUUUUUGUUUCCUCCAAAUCCCUUCUUCAGGAGGGAUCCAGCUUUUAGUAGUUUGGUCCUUGCAGAAGCUGUGCUGCUGACUGCCCAGGGAGAACCCAGGGAGCUGAAGAGUAGCAUAGGUACCAAAGGGGACCACUUUGGAUGUCUCUUGCUUCCUUUUGAUUCCUUGGGAUGUUGGUGCCACUCUCUGGGACUCCAAGCUCCUCUGGCACCUGGACCCGUGCAGAGCUACCUUUCACGGGACUCUUCUGCUCCUAAAGGCUAGGCUGUUCCUUCUAAGUAGGAAAGCAAAGCCUUUUGCACUGGAAUUAAUCUCAUCCACUGUGGUGCAGAGUCCACACAAAGUAGCUACAUAUUGACUUGAUGUCUAAAAAGCUCCACUCCCUCCUCUAAUAAACAUAAGGAAGCUUGACUUCUGCAUAUGCCAAUUUGAAAUGCCUAUACUGCUGCUAAAUAAAUACAGUGGCAAACUUUGUUCUGCAGAGCAACAAGGGACUCUCGAACCCCAACCUUAUCCUUUGUGAACCUUCUUUCUGGCUCUUUCCUCUGCAAAUUUCCCUGUCUUAGUGGGACCAAACAGCAUUUUUCUAUUAGGAGCACUGUUAGACUUCCCAAGGACUGCCACGCUACUCAAGUUCCACUCCCUUCUUUUCCCUCAUCGACUCAAAAAGAGCUCACAAGAAGACCUCUUACUAAGACUUAAUACCAAUAUGUGCACAGGCCUAGUUGACUAGUUACUACUUCUGCUGUGGAAAGGUACGCGCUAUAAAAUAAAAGCCAGUGAGGACAGUAGCAUAAUUUGAUGUACCAAGAAUUAGGAAAGCAAUUUGGCUUCUAACAACAUAGAAAAGACAGACAAAGAGCACUGUAAUCUCCCAUACUUGCCUAUGCAGUUAAGAUACAUAGAGGAAAAUAUAUUGGACUGAACAAAAUAAAUAAAACAAUAAAAGCAUGAGCUUACAUAUAUCAGAGUUUAAGAGGAAAAGUAUUAAAUGUAAUUUAUUAUAUGCAUAAAGUUCCAUCGUGUUGUAAAUAACGUCAUGAUAGUGUAUUGCCGUAGUUCGUUCUUGGCUGGUGAUAGAGCUCUGUCGUAGUGCUGUGUAAGGGUUUUUUUGUUUUGUUUUUCCAAAUUGUAGUUAGUAAAGAUGGGAGAGAGCACCCAAUACUCUCGUUUCUGAGUUGUUCUAGAGCAAGAAAUGUGAGAUGCAGAUUUUUUUUUUCUUACAUAAUAAUAUUUCUUAAACGAGGUAAGAGAAAGAGAGAUAACAUCAAGGCUAAGCUGCCACUAUUACGAUAUGAAAGACCCUGUGUUUGCAACUGCCAACAAGAGGUGGUGCCAUUUUUGGACCACAAUUCAGAUUAUACGUCCCUGUGAGAAAGGAUGCAAAGUACCAACAACCUGGUAGCAGUAGCUUUCUGGUGCCAUCUAGUACAUCCUUUGCUCAAAGAAAGAGGAGGAAAGAGAGUAGUUAUAUCCAAUCUCAGGCUUUACCAGCUUUGCAGCAUCCUGCUUAAAUAGCAGAGCCCAGAGUUCAGCUUUGAACCAGGAAAGAUCAUAUGAAAACCCCAAGCAUCUUGGCUAGAUCAACUUUGGAAGUCCUUCAACAGGUUAUGGUAACAAUUCAGCCACACUGCAAAUGUAAAGGGCACUUGUCACUGAAAAUUACCAAACAAAGAUGGAGAGUCAUCUUUUUUUUUUAAUAUAUAUUUGAUUUUAUUUUUUAAAAAAAGGUGAGCUGCUUCUAGUUUUUACUGACAACAUUUUUGGUAAUUCCUCUGCCCAGCACUACUGAAUGCUGCACACACACAACUGGCUGGGGUGGCAGCCUGAAGCACAAAUCCAUCACAAAUAAGACGCACUGGGUCUUCUUCCGUGCAGAAGCCCACGUGCAAGCCACAGAGAGAGCGCUGAUGCGCGGGGCUCCUGCAUCUUUGCACAAUAGAGGAGACAGAUGUGCGUUUUACUGACAAAAGCACCCAGCAGCAUUUUCCCCUUCUGUUAAGCAACCCUUUGUUGCAUUUGUUACUGCUAACGGAUCCAAGCAGAAUUAAUUACCAAAAUAUCUUUUAGGCUAAUUGAGAGCAUUACUAACUUUUUCUUGUGAAACAGUAGAUAGAAACAUUCCUGGAUCCCGACUGCAUUCUUUCAUCCUCCACCUCCCUUAAAUGUUGUCAAUAAAAACACUAACCUUUCUAGGUAGCAUGGAGAGAAGAUAUUACGUGAUGAAUAUUAAAAUUAAAUGCAUGAGGUAAACCUGCUGUUAUUUCUGAUUGUUAUAUGAAGCAUGAAUAACACUAAUUUAAAUGUUGGCAACCCAAAAAGUGCAAAGGAAUAAGAUAACAGUGUUUGCUUCUGGUUAAAUGAAAGACAAGAAGUUGUUUCUGUGUUUUCUUCUUAACCACGACAUUUUUUUCUUUAUCAUUAUUUCCCGUCGCUUAUAUGGAUUUGGAGCUGGUGAAAUAUACAUCUCUGCUGUAUGUGUCUGUCACCAGAUCAAGAGGAAAAUAGAAACUUUUUAUAAUUUUGUACCUGUAGCAAACGUUUGUAUUUUUUGAAUUGGAAACAAACUGCUUUUUGUCUUUUGGUCCAACUAAAACUUUGUGUAUUAUUAUUACCCUUUUGGAAAAUCUGACAUAUGAGUUUAUGCUGUUUUACAGUUUCUAAAUAAAUUCUUAAAACAUUGCCAACAAAUUCAGCAUCAGUAUCCUAUUUAUUAUUACAAAUCAAUAUAAACAAAACAUUAUAU